AGAAAAGAUAUAUGUUUUCAUGACUUCUGCUUUCAUUCUGGUUGAAUCCCAUACUCACUGCCCAAUAUAAUUACAAGUUUGCAGGACUGAGUGGGAGUCCGACAUCAUUUACUGAAGAAGGCUCAGCCCCAGGAGCUCCAAUUUUCACCAUGGAACCGACUGCUCAACCAACACUCAUAGAUCAAGGAAUAUUCUUUCCUUCAAGCAAGUAAGCUUAGAGACAAUAUUUAGAUACCUCAACAUUGACCGCGCUUUUCAAGCUCCUGCAUCUAAAUUUUCAUUCCAGUAUUGGAUCUACAUCUUUACAUAUGAUCGAUUCGCCCUAUUCCAAGGAACUAUUAAUGACAAUGGAGUCUUGGAAGGAAUCCUGUUUGAUACAAUAAAGUCUGGAACAAAUCUGAAAGUUUAUUCAAGAUACCAAAGUAGUGGAAAUUAUUGCCAACCAAUGAAAAAAGGAUGGAAUAGAGUCAGAAUAAGCAGUAAUAAUGGAUUUUUGAAUUCAAAGCUAUACAACUCUUUAAGUGCGGAAAAAUCAGCCACGACUUAUACCUACCCUUUUAAUUAUUCUCUGCUUUACAAACUUGGGUCGACAGCAUCCACUUCCAAUAGCUUUAUAUUGUACAGUUUUUGAUUCACUGAUGAUGAUUCUGUCGUUACAUUGUCUACAUCAUCUCUCUAUCCUAACAGCUUAAAUACUUGUGGAGACGGGACAAUUCAGUCAGGGAGUUUUGAGGAAUGAGAUGAUGGUAAUUUUGUGGCUGGAGAUGGUUGAAAUGAAGGCUGCAUGUUUGAGUCAGGUUCAUGAUCUCAAACCCCUACUAUAUGAUUUGAAGAAUGUGGAGAUGGUAGAAGAUUCAAUACAUUGUCAACUUAUUGAGAUGAUGGCGGAAAGGUCUCAGGAGAUGGCUGCUCAAGUACUUGUUCAGUUGAGACUGGUUAUGAAUGAACUAAUGGAGAUUCCACAACUCCAGACACUUGAUCUUUAAUCUGAGGGGAUGGAAUAAAGGUUUCAACUGAAGACUGAGACGAUGGCAACAAAAUUUCUGGAGAUGGAUGAAGCGACGCUUGACAGCAAGAAACAGGAUGGUUUUGUACAGGUGGAAACUUAUCUGGAAGUGAUUCUUGAGCUGAGGAAUGAGGAGAUGGCAUCAAAACUGUAUCUGAAACUUGAGAUGAUCAAAAUACUAAUUCAGGAGAUGGCUGAAGCAAUACCUGUCAGCAAGAAGUUGGCUGGACAUGAACUGGUGGAAGUCUUUCAAGCAAAGACACUUGUACUGAAGAUUGUGGAGACGGAAAGAGAUUCAAUUCUUUAACAACAUAUUGAGAUGACAAUAAUACUGAUGAUGGAGAUGGCUGAUCUUCUACUUGACAAGUUGAAACUGGAUAUAGUUGUCAAGGAGGAUCUCCUACUCAAAAAGAUGACUGUGGACCGAAUUGUGGCGAUGGAUUUAUUUAUGAAGAUGAGCAAUGAGAUGAUUCAAACUCUUACUCUGGAGAUGGUUGAAGUGACUCUUGAAAUGUUGAAGAUAAGUGGGUAUGUGAAGGAGGAAGCCAAACUUCUCAAAGCACUUGCAGACUCAAGUGAAUAAUUGAGAACUGUCAAACAUGUGACUCACAAAACAACACGAUAUGAGUCACUUGUAUUGAUGGUUAUGGGCUUAACAAAGACUUUACUUGACGCUAUGUUCAAGUUUCUGAGUCUGCUCAGGCGAUGUCAUCUGGCUCAGCUGCAAUGACUGGAAUCGGGUCUUUGGUUGGACUCAUAGUUUCACUGAUGAACCUUUCUGCUCCAAUGGCUCUCUGGGCAAUGGCAAACCAAGUACAACUGAUGCUGUUACUUCUGCUGACGAAGAGUUCUCUUCCAUAUGAUAUUGUUGGAUACAUUACAACUAAUGGGUUUUUCUCAUUCAACAUGAAGUUUCUACCGAUAAAAUCUAACAUAAUAUCAGAAGUACCUUUAGAAUGGAUGAGUAAGACCCAAAGCAGCAUUGAACUUGAAGACAUGGGACUAGAAUCUGGUAGUUCUUUUAACAACAACUUCGGAUUGGUUUUUAUAGUCUUAAUUCUAAUCUUCUUACAUUUACUAUUGACUUGAUGCCCAAGAGAAGAAAAAUACUUGAAUGACGAUCUAAGACACAAAGUUGCAAAAAUUUUCAAAUAUGUAUGGAGAUUUUUCACUUUUGGAAUUUAUAUCAGACUCUUGUUAGAAGCUUACCAAUUUAUUUAUAUUUCAUCAAUUAGUGAACUCAAAAGAAUUGAUCAUUACGACCUCCAAGUUAUUAGUUCUGGAAUUUUUGCUGUGUUUGUAAUAAUAUGCUGAAUUAUAUUCUUAAUAUUGGCUUCCAUACAAAUUUGCAAAGAGGAAAAGAUGGAUCACCAUGACAAAUUUGGUGAAUUUACUGCAGGUCUUAGAGAAACAAAGCACAGUAAAGUUUACACACCAUUUCUGAUUCUGAGAAGACUUUUGUUCUGCACAUUCCUUGUACUUUUUAGUAAGUCUGGAUGCAUUACUUUGGUUGGGUUCAUGCUAUCCAUCCAGAUUCUUUAUGCACUUCACUUAUUCUAUCUGAGGCCAAUGGAAAACAAGCUGAAUAACUUGGUAGAGUGAAUGAACGAAGCUUUUUACAUAUUCUUUGUCGCCUUCCUUUUGAAGUAUAACUCGAAACAAGCCUGGAAGGGGUUGCCGACAAGUGUAUACUUAUGGACGAUGAUGAUGAACUCAACAAUAGUGGUUUGAACUAUCUUAGUCACCAAUAUAUUUAUCUGUUGCAAAUAAAUGAUGCAGAAACAACAAAAAGAAAAUAGUAGAAAAGGUUGAGAUCUCACAAUUUCCGAGGGCUCAGCAAAGAUCCCUUGGAAAAUUUGCUGAGAGAAAUCUUAAUGCCAGUGAUAUCUCUCUUAGUAAAGUCUCUAGCCAGGUUACUACCAAGCUUGUGAACUUCAAGAACAACGGACAAGGGAUAUCUUUAAAUAUGGAUGCAGUGAAGAGGAUGAAAGAUAGGAACAAAGUUGUCCCUAUCAAUGACUAAUUGCAAGCUCCAUCCCAAUACUAACUUAUUUGCCACUGCGCUAAUGAAUUUGGGUUUUAAACAGUCUCAAUAUC